AUGUACCACCUAGCCAAGGGCCUGUACCGGCUCGCGACGAGCAAAGAGGAAUACUCGGUAAUUCUCCUCGGUCUCGACAACGCCGGCAAGACCACCUUCCACGAACAGACUAAGUCGCUCUUCAUGCCCGAACAUCCGGAUCCGAAGCUGAAGACCGUGCCCACCGUCGGCCAGAACGUCAGCACUCUAACAUUGCCCGACAUGUACCUCAAGAUCUGGGACGUGGGUGGCCAGAUGUCCCUCAGAAAACUGUGGCAGAGCUACUAUUCCAGUUGCCAUGCCAUCGUCUUCAUCAUCGACAGCACGGACAUCGGAGAUGAGACUCUGGGGAGACUGGACGAAUGCCGCUUGGUGCUCGAGGACGUGUUGCAGCACACGGAGGCGGAGGGCGUCCCGGUACUGGUCCUGGCGAACAAGCAGGAUCGCGAAGACUGUGUGGAGGUUGUGCGGAUCAAGGAGGGCCUGGUCAAGAAGGUGUUCGAGAACGAGAAGGCCGGAUCAAUCAGAGACUCGAGAGUCUUGCCCGUCAGUGCGCUGACAGGAACUGGUGUGAGGGAGGCAGUCGACUGGGUCAGGAGCAGGGUGAAAUGGAACAAGGAGUCGCGGCCGCCGGUCAUGCGGUAG